UUUGCUGGGCACUCCCAUUUCUCCCGUUUCUCCAACCAGAGAUUGGCUGGGGUGGGGGAUCCAGAUCCAGACCCGGGGCCAGAGUGUUGACUCCGGCCAGUAGGGGACGCCGGCGCGAGGCUCUGCCAGGACCCCAGCACCGCCCAGCGCAGAGCCGGACCGCCGUCUACGCCAUGCGCGUGCUGCUGCCGCUCCUGCGCACGGGUUGGGGCUGGCGCGCGUGGGCCCCAGCUGCUGCCCGCUUGCCCCCGGGAACGAGUACAGGGCCCGGGCCGCACCGCGCCAUGGCCCUCUACCGCACGGAGGAGCGCGGCCAGCCCUACACCCCCGAUUACCGCCUUUUCUUCAGACACAAAUUAGGGAUAUGCUCCAGCAAAACAAAGAAUGUAGCCGGUGACUACAUUUCCCCCUUUCAUGAUAUUCCUCUGAGGGUGGACUCUACAGAGGAAAAUGGCAUUCCUACAAAGAGAGCACGAAAUGAUGAAUAUGAGACUUUGUUUAAUAUGGUUGUAGAAGUACCUCGGUGGACAAAUGCUAAAAUGGAGAUUGCCACGAAGGAGCCAUUGAAUCCCAUUAAACAAGAUACAAAGGAUGGCAAGCUACGCUAUGUGGCGAAUGUCUUCCCUCACAAGGGUUAUAUAUGGAAUUAUGGUGCCCUCCCUCAGACUUGGGAAGAUCCCUGUCGAAAGGAUAAUAGUACAGACUGCUGUGGAGAUAAUGACCCUAUUGAUGUUUGUGAAAUAGGCUCAAAGGUUCUUUCUUGUGGAGAGGUUAUUCGUGUGAAGAUCCUUGGAAUUUUGGCUCUUAUUGACCAGGGUGAAACAGACUGGAAAAUAAUUGCUAUCAAUGUGAAUGACCCUGAAGCCUCAAAGUUUCAUGAUAUUGAUGAUGUUAAGAAGUACAAACCAGGUUACUUGGAAGCUACGCUUAAUUGGCUCAGAUUUUAUAAGGUGCCAGAAGGAAAACCAGAAAACCAGUUUGCUUUUAAUGGAGAAUUCAAAAACAAGGCCUUUGCUCUUGAAGUUAUUAAAUCUACUCAUGAAUGUUGGAAAGCAUUGCUUAUGAAGAAGUGUGAUGGAGGGGCUAUAAAUUGCACAAACGUGCAGGUAUGCGACAGCCCUUUCCAUUGUACUCAAGAGGAAGCGAGAUCAAUAGUUGAACUGGUGUCCUCGUCACUGAAUAAGGAAAGUAAUGAAGAAGACACAGAGCAAGUAUGGCACUUCCUUGGCAAGUGACUGGAACAUUUGAAGUUCUGUCAUCAAGAUUCCAAUCUCCGAGGACUCCACGACUCCCUCUCCCCAAAUGCUAGAGACCAGCAGAGCUAUGAGAAUUCACUGACUUCCUGUUAAAACUUCAUUUUUUUCCUCAACUUCUUUUGAGAUAUACAAUAUGUAAAUAAACUGAAAUUUUUGAAUUA